ACCUCUGAUUAUUGGAAGAUAAAUUGUCAUAUCUGCAGAGUACUUAUCCGUUACGUGGCAACACUGAUUUGACUGUCAUACUCACAUUGCUUGCUACUGUCAAACUGUCAUUCAUUAGUGUCUUAAGAAAUAGCAGCAUGUAUUUAAAAGUUGUUUAUUUUAAAAGAAAUCGGGAUAUUCAGUGAAACAAGUGAUUACCAUAACAGACAAUGUGUUAUUAAUUACUACUAAAUACAACCUUAAAUAUGGCAGAACAAUCCAGUAGUCGAAUAUUUACCGGUUCGAAAGUCCUAGGUUAUGUUAGUACACAUGUGCCCUUCGUUGCAAGAUUUAUUAAGAAUCGUGGUGAAACGCUGCUUUGCACGAGUGUUGGAAAGUGGUUCCACACAUACGGAUGUAAUAAAUUCCGUCUACUAAGUAUCAGCGGCCAACACCCGGGUCCCAUAACUUGUAUGAGCGGGGACAGUUUUCAUGUAUAUUCUGCAAGUGACAACAAUGUUUACGCAUGGAGACGUGGCUGUGAACUCAAACAUGUGUACAAAGGCCACAACGCACCGAUUCACUUAAUGCUCCCGUUUGGUACGCAUCUAAUAACAGUUGAUAAACAAAAUCAUCUAAAAGUGUUUGAUAUAAAGGACGAGUCUAUUUAUCUAGAGUUCAAAUUAGAAGGCUUUACGGCAACAACUAUUUGCCACCCGCCUACCUAUUUAAAUAAGGUUUUGCUUGGCAGUCGACAAGGGCAUUUGCAGUUAUGGAACUUACGUACUUCGAAGCUUGUCUACACAUUCAAAGGAUGGAAUGUAGGCGUUAUGGUGUUAGAACCUGCACCGGCGGUUGAUGUCGUGGCGGUCGGACUGGCAAACAAAAAAAUCAUUCUGCAUAACAUACGUCUUGACCAGACAGUUAUGGACUUUGUUCAUGACUGGGGCGACAUUGCAACUCUAUCUUUUAGAAUGGAUGGUGUGCCUGUAAUGGUGACAGGAAGUUCAUUGGGUCACAUUGUGAUGUGGGAUCUUGAGGAGAAGAGGGUAAUGUCAACAGUAACAUCUGGUCACUCAAAGAGGGUGGCGGGCAUGCAAUGCUUGAUGUCUGAACCAUUGAUGGUAACCAACUCUGCCGACAAUUCCCUGAAGUUGUGGAUCUUUGACAUGCCUGAUGGCGGAGCCAGGCUCCUAAGAGUCAGAGCUGGCCAUACACACCCACCAAACUUGGUAUGGCACUGUGAGCCCACUGGUGAGAACUUGCUAGCGGCUGGCAAUGACAGCACGCUUCACGUCAUGAACACUGUCACAGAGACUUUCAACAAGAACAUGGGCAAAGCCACAUAUAACAAAAAGGCAACUAAGAAUAAGAAAAGACUGGAAGUAGAUACCAAGAUCAUGCCACCCAUAGUAAAACUCAGCUCAUGUAUGCAAAGGGACAAGCAAUGGGACAGUAUAGCAACACUCCACCGUGGCAGAAGUACGGUCACCACCUGGUCAUACAAUAAAAUUAGAAUGGGUGAAUAUAAAUUAGGACUUCCAGAUCGCCAAAAAGGAGUGGUAGCCACUUGCCUUACUGUAACACACUGUGGUAAUUUCGUCAUCAUUGGAUAUGACAAUGGCCAGGUCCACAAGUUUAACAUGCAAUCUGGUAUUCACCGAGGUCACUAUGGCCAGGUUUUAAACAAAAACAUAGCACAUGACGGUGCCGUAAGAGGAGUGGAGACAGACCUUUGUAACCAGAGGGUCAUCACUGCUGGUGCAGAUGACAAACUUAAGUUCUGGCUUUUUAAAUCAACAAAUAUGCCAUUCCAUGUAAUGCAGCUGGAAGAAUCAGUCAGCUUCACAAAGUGCCACAGAGAGAGUGCCCUGCUAGCAUUAGCCAAUGAGGACUUCACAAUUACCCUUGUGGACAUAGACACUACGAAUAUUGUGAGGCGAUUUGACGGACACCAGGGUAAAAUUAAUGACAUUGGAUUUGAUUCUCAAAGCAGAUGGCUGUUUAGUGCAUCAAUGGAUUGCACGCUCUGCACUUGGGAUAUACCCAGUGGCCAUUUAGUAGACAUAUUUGCAACGGAGCAGCCGAUCACCUGCCUGAGCAUGUCGCCGACCGGCGACUAUUUGGCGACGACGCACGUGGGCCAGCUGGGUGUGUUCCUGUGGGCCAACAGGAUGCUGUUCGAGAAGGUCUACCUCAAGCCCGUCGACAGGGCGAAGGAAGUGCCUAGGAUCAAGCUUCCAGAAUCUACAGUAUCUGAGAAACCGAGCAUAGACGACAUAGGCACAAUCGAUCUCGGAGAGCCAGAAUACAUGUCACCUGAGCAAAUCAGCAGCGAGCUCAUUACGCUGUCUAGCCAGCCCACUUCCAAAUGGCUCAACCUGCUACACUUGGACGUUGUCAAGAAACGAAACAAACCGAAAACUCCUCUGACGGUCCCUAAAUCAGCUCCGUUCUUCCUGCCCACAGUCGCUAGUCUCGACCUACAGUUCGACUUGGAAAGUGAAAAGGACAACAAUAAAGAAACCAAACUAUUAAUACCCGAGUCUCUCUCAACACUAAGCCUGUUUGCCAAGAAGUUAGUGGAGUGCAAAAGUGAAGAGAACUUCGAGAAGUGCAUAGUGAAGUUGAAGUUACUUUCGCCGGCCGCCAUCGAUUCCGAAGUGUCGUGUAUGUCGCCGGACGCGGGAGGAACUGUCGAGGUUUUGAAACAGUUUCUGGCCAUGUUGGACGUUAUGUUGAGAAGUAAUAGAGACUUUGAGCUGGCGCAGUCGUAUUUAAGUUUGUUCUUGAAAUCGCACACGAAAACUAUUGCGGAAAACGAGGAGCUACGUGAUGCGUUGCACUCGGUAGAGGAAGCGGCGACGCAGGCGUGGGCGCGGCUGCAGAGCAAUUUGCUCUACAAUAUUUGUGUAGUGAAAGCCUUAAAAGAUAUGUAAUAAAUUUAUAAAACCUCA